UGUGGAAUGACUGACUGGUUGACAGAAAGCCCACAAGGACAGGGCUACAAGAUUUAGCUGCUAUUAGUUCACUUCCUGGCAGCCUGGGACCUGCCUCCCAGGCAUCUCAGGCACCAUGGACUCCCCAGGGUACAACUGCUUUGUGGACAGGGACAAGAUGGACGCAUCCAUCCAGGACCUGGGGCCAAAGGAACUGAACUGUACCGAGCUACAGGAAUUGAAGCAACUGGCACGUCAGGGCUACUGGGCUCAGAGCCACGCCCUGCGGGGGAAAGUGUACCAGCGCCUGAUCCGGGACAUCCCCUGCCGCACGGUCACACCUGAUGCCAGUGUGUACAGCGAUAUUGUGGGCAAGAUUGUAGGCAAGCACAGCAGCAGUAGCUUGCCCUUGCCUGAGUUUGUGGACAACACUCAGGUGCCCACCUACUGCCUGAACACACGGGGUGAGGGGGCUGUGCGCAAGAUCCUUCUGUGCAUCGCCAAUCAGUUCCCCGACAUCUCCUUCUGCCCUGCCCUGCCUGCUGUGGUGGCCCUGCUGCUGCACUACAGCAUUGAUGAGGCUGAGUGUUUUGAAAAGACCUGCCGCAUCCUAGCCUGCAAUGACCCCAGCAAGAAACUCAUUGACCAGAGCUUCUUGGCCUUCGAGUCCUCCUGCAUGACAUUUGGGGACCUGGUGAACAAGUAUUGCCAGGCAGCCCACAAACUGAUGGUGGCUGUGUCAGAGGAUGUCCUGCAGGUCUACUCUGACUGGCAGCGAUGGCUGUUUGGGGAGCUGCCCCUCAACUACUUUGCCCGAGUUUUUGAUGUCUUCCUUGUAGAAGGCUACAAGGUACUGUACCGAGUUGCUCUGGCCAUCCUCAAGUUCUUCCACAAGGUGAGAGCAGGACAGCCCCUUGAGUCUGACAAUGUAAAGCAAGACAUCCGCAUAUUUGUCAAGGACAUUGCCAAGACAGUGUCCCCUGAGAAACUACUAGAGAAGGCCUUUGCUAUCCGCCUAUUUUCCCGAAAGGAGAUCCAGCUCUUGCAAAUGGCCAAUGAGAAAGCACUAAAGCAGAAGGGCAUUACUGUCAAGCAGAAAAGUGUCUCACUUUCUAAAAGGCAGUUUGUGCACUUGGCUGUCCAUGCAGAAAACUUCCGCUCAGAGAUUGUCAGUGUGAAGGAGAUGAGAGACAUUUGGUCCUGGAUCCCUGAGCGUUUUGCCCUCUGCCAACCCCUCCUUCUCUUCUCCUCGCUGCAGCAUGGGUACAGCUUAACCAGGUUCUAUUUCCAGUGUGAAGGACACGAGCCCACCCUCCUGCUCAUCAAGACCACGCAAAAGGAGGUUUGUGGUGCUUACCUGUCAACCGACUGGAGCGAGAGAAAUAAGUUUGGAGGCAAAUUGGGCUUCUUUGGAACUGGAGAAUGCUUUGUUUUUAGGCUGCAGCCCGAGGUACAGCGUUAUGAGUGGGUGGUCAUCAAGCACCCAGAGUUGACCAGGCCCACAUCCUUGAAGUCCUCAGAAGCUGCAGCUGCUCCUUCCUUCCUCAGCCACUCUGUCUCUUCAGAACCUGCUGAUCGGCUCUCACCUUUCCUGGCUGCCCGGCACUUCAACCUGCCUUCUAAGACUGAGUCCAUGUUCAUGGCUGGGGGCAAUGACUGCCUCAUCAUUGGGGGAGGAGGUGGCCAAGCACUCUACAUUGACGGGGAUCUGAACCGCGGCCGCACUGGACACUGCGAUACUUUCAACAACCAGCCCCUUUGUUCUGAGAACUUCCUCAUCUCAGCUGUGGAGGCUUGGGGCUUCCAAGACCCCGAUACCCAGUGAUGGGUCUGUGUUGGUGGUGACUGAGCCAGCCACAUUGUGGGGUGAUGGGGUGGAAGCCAAGCUGCCUCUUGAGCAAGCAGGGAGUGAGCACGAUACCACCUCAUGAAGCAGGCAUGCUUGGUGUGCAGUGGGGACGGCAGUGUCACAAGCCAAGUCUGACCUCUCCUUAAACUGGCUGCCCCUCUGCUUGGACUGGCUAGGACCCCUGAACUCUCAUGCUUCUGAGCUCAAGGGGCUAUUUUGCCCCGUCCCUGUCCAGUUUCUGUCCUCACCCAGGGUCCUGUACCCAAGAUUGCCCAGGGCUACAUUGCUCUGCCCCUGGCCUCAGUCCCUUGGAGGGAAAGGGCAAAUGAUUCUUGCCAAAUGUGAGUCUGUGGUGCCCCCUGCUGGUACUUUGGCCCUGCAGGCUCUGAGGCACCCCUGAGCUACAUUGGCUGCUGCAGGACAGGAUAGGAGAGGGCAGGAUUUGUGCAGAGCAUUGCAGCUCCUUC